AUGGCCGUCCCUACGCCCCUGUUUCCGCCUCCAUCGCCAGCUUCAGCCUCUUCGCCGUCUCCAGCCACAGCGCCAGCGGCAUCACACGACCAGUCGUCUGGGAAUUUUGAAUAUGAGAACAGCAACAGCAACGAUAACAGAGGGAAUGAUGUUCAGGAAAGUGUUCCGCGCGGGUUGAGUAACGGGCUUCAUGCAGAUAUGACGGAACGUUCGGAGAAGACUACGACCACGGACAUGAACACGGGACAGGACGAUUCGAUGCCUUCAAUACCGGAACCUCCUCUUUCCGCGAGAGCAGAUAAGAUGGAAGCUAUCGCGGAGGAUCCCGUGACUACAUCUGAAGCGGAGGCAAAAGACGAACAUGGACAGAAAACAGCUGGAUCGGCAUUGCGCCCCAAGCGGUCUCGUGCGCGAUCGACGACGAGUUUGUUGGAUGGGCCGUCGAUUUUUCAGCCACAUACCGUGAAUGGAGAGACUAGUAGGACGGAUCGCAGUAGCAGCAAUGGGAACCUGAACGUUCCGUUAUCUCCAAAGGGUACGACGAAAGCGACAGAGGGCGCUCAUGUUCAUCGUGGAUCAUCGGGGGAGGAUCUUGAAGGUCCCGGGGCAAUGACUCCGCAGCGAAACCAGGACAAGGAUAAAGAUGGAGAGAGGAUAUUAAAGCUAUCACCGUCGAAGAUCCACGAGCUCACGUCGUCGCCGCAGUCAAUUGCGCUUCGCCCAGUUCCAGAGUCCUCGCCGGAUAACGGUCGGCGGGUCAUGUCUGAUAACACGUACACGACGGCUUCACGCUCGGGAUCUGGCGAUGGGUUGUCGCAGCCGCAGUUACAUCUUCCGAGUGAAUUGAGGAUAUCGACGGACGUUGCUAAGAUUCAGGGUAGUAGGGAUCUUCACCUUGAUGAUCUCCCUGAGGCGUUGAGCCCGGGGACGAGGCCGGUGUCUUCUUCGUCGCGCAAUGGGCGGCCUCAUGCGUCAAGGACGGUUUCUACCCCGUCAGCAUCGUCGUCGCAGCGGCAGAAGCCCGCUUCCUCGAAUAAUCAGCGUCUAGCGCAGACCUGGUCGUCACGGCCCAGACAGGAUCGACCGUCUAUAACUCGCAUGGAACAUCCUGAAUCUAAGCACCACCAUAACCAUAAUAAUCACGGCCUCGCGCCACCCCCCCAGCUAGCGGAGCCGGCUCUCCCGUCUCCUAUGCCCCAGUCUAUACCCCUUCCGCCUGUGUCGAUACCUACAUACUUGCAACUAGAGCUUGCAUCUGGCCGGCCGUCCCCGUUGUAUAUUCAUCGAUCAGCUACAUCCGACUUUCCCUAUGAGUCUGCGCGGGUAAAGCUCGAACGACUGGUGAACUUUCUUAUGCUCCCUCCGGCAGUGGAGCAGGUGCUUUGGUUCGGGUUGCUAGCAUGUCUCGAUUCGUGGCUUUAUUCGUUUACGAUACUCCCUCUGCGUUUUGUCAAAGCACUGUACAUCCUACUGGAAUCGUGGGUUUUGAAUUUAGGUGUUGAAUUCCGGUUUAUCUCGGGGUUCGUUUAUAACGGUGUUGGACGGGUAUGGCGUCGGAGGAACAAGACUGCUUCUAAUUCUGCAGGCUUUGGUGAACCACAACGCAGUCCUGAUCUGGAUGGCAGAUUUCGAGCGAAACAAGAACAGGUUGUUGAGCGGGAGUCGCGUUCUAGAGCUCCAACGGAGCCGCGACGGCGCCAUCGGGCCGAGACGUAUCGGCAUCAUCGUCGACAGAAGUCUAUUCCUUCUGCGCUGCUUCCGGAUGACAAGGCGGAUAUUCUGAAGGGGUUGCUUAUGAUUGUAACAUGCUGGGUGCUUAUGCGGUUUGAUGCGAGUCGGAUGUAUCACUGGAUCCGUGGGCAGGCUGCGAUCAAGCUCUACGUGAUCUACAAUGUCCUCGAAGUCAGUGAUCGAUUGCUUGGUGCUAUUGGGCAGGAUGUGCUGGAGUGUCUUUUCUCAAGAGAAGCGCUGGAGCGCAGGCCGGAUGGACGGAGCAAGGUGUUUCGGCCGUUCGGGCUGUUUUUACUUGCGCUGGCGUAUACGGUGAUUCAUGCGACUUCGCUGUUCUACCAGGUCAUGACAUUGAACGUGGCGGUCAACUCAUAUUCUAAUGCCCUGAUUACACUCCUACUCUCCAACCAGUUUGUGGAGAUCAAGUCGACCGUGUUCAAGAAGUUUGAGAAAGAGAACCUCUUCCAACUAACCUGCGCCGACGUGGUGGAGCGCUUCCAGCUCUGGCUUAUGCUCACGAUAAUCGCCUCCCGCAACAUCGUCGAAACAGGUGCAUUCAACUUCGUCGGCAGCUUAGGCUCUACCUGGAGUCUCAGCGGGAACUCCUCAACAAGCACAAACAGCACACCCCUCUCAACGCCACCCCGGACAGCAUCCUCUAUCCUCCCGCAGUCUUUCACAAUCUUCCCCUCCUCUCUAAUCGCCUCCUUCAGCCAAGUCAACACCUUCCUCCCGAGUCUCGCACAAGUUCUCGGUCCAUUCCUUGUCGUCCUAGGCUCGGAAAUACUAGUUGACUGGCUCAAACACGCCUACAUCAACAAAUUCAACAACAUCCGCCCGAACAUCUACGGUCGAUUCCUCGACAUCCUAGCAAAAGAUUACUACACAAACGCGUUCGGCGACCAAAACCUCACCCGCAGGCUCGGUCUCCCCGUCAUCCCACUCUCAUGCCUAUUCUUCCGCGUCUCUGUCCAAACAUACAAAAUGUUCCUCGCUGCAUCGCUACCCCAACAACCCUCCUCAACAGCCAUGCAAGCGACGUCUCUCUCCUCGAUACAUAAUCAUUACGCCCCGGCACCGGUCCAAUCAGCACCACCAUUGACACUGAAAACAAUCGUUCCGUCUUCAAUGACGCAUAUAAGCAAUAUCUUCCGCAGCGUCCUCGCAAACGCAAUGCCCACACCCGCUCAAUCAGUCUACAUCUUCACCGUCAUACUGAUAAUAACCCUCUUCCUCGUCCUCCUUAUCUUCAAACUCCUCUUGGGAAUAAGUCUCCUCGCGUUCUCCCGCAGACGGUACCAGGGUAUGAAACUUGCCGAACACGAAAGCGCGCAUCCCCAUCCCCACAAUCAACCCCACAACCAUAAUGGCACCACGGCAAACCACCCCACCGAAAACACCGCAAAGUCCCGCGGCUACGCAGUCGAAGGAAGCAAACGCAUCGGCAGCUGGGGCGUCGUGGAAGUCGGGGACGAUAGACGGCGGUGGGUGUAUGCUGAUGAUCCCGAGGGGUUGAAAAGGGUGCGCGCGUAUGAGGAGAAGGAGACGAAGAAGGGAAGUGAGGAGGGAAGUUUUGAGCAUGUGCAGAGGUAUGAGAUGGUUGCUAAGAGGAUAUGGUGA